AUGGAUCGCGCCGAGGGAUUACAGGAGCCGAUUACUUUCAAGCGAAAACCGAAACAUCGCUCUCGAUUCAGUUUGUCAAACCUUUUCUCCAGCAGCCCCAGCGGGUCGGAUACGGGGUUUAGUUCACCACGGCCGCAAGGACACAAUGGAGAUUCAUCACCAGUGGAGCCCGAUGAACCAAUUGAUCUCAAUGGGGACACAAAUGCGCCUAAAGGUGGCGAUCAUCUAGACUGGUAUGCGGAAGGCCCAGGGCGACGGGUAGGCUACGAUGAUUUCACCGCCAUCGAUUGGAUCUACGAAUAUACCAAAGAGCGACAAAGGAAGCGGAUUCUCUACUCCCGUGGUCAAGGCGUUUUGGGACCAACUCGUCGAAUUCUUGACGCUGGCAAUGUCUGGUUUGUGUUGAUUGCGACGGGAGUUGCAGUUGGCAUCAUUGCUGCUGUCAUUGAUAUUGCGACUUAUUGGCUUGGCGACUUGAAAACUGGCUUCUGCAAGAGCGGCAGUGGAGGCGGCAAGUUCUAUUUGAACAGGACUUUCUGCUGCUGGGGCCUUGAUGAUUUCUCCACCUGUCUUGAUUGGACGCCAUGGUGGGAAGCAUUUGGCGUUACCUCUACUGGGGUUGGAUAUACAGUUGGAUACUUCUUUUAUAUCUUGUUCUCGGUGGUAUUUGCCAUUUGCGCCUGCUUUCUAGUGCAGCAUUAUGCCAUUUAUGCUCGACAUAGUGGAAUUCCCGAGAUCAAGACGGUACUCGGUGGGACUGUCAUCAGGCAUUUUAUGGGGCCUUGGACGCUUUUGAUCAAAUCACUUGGCCUGUGCCUCGCAGUCGCAUCGGGUCUGUGGCUCGGGAAAGAAGGCCCGCUCGUGCAUGUUGCAUGCUGUUGUGCCAACAUCAUUAUGAAACCUUUCGGUGUCCUUAACGGCAAUGAAGCUCGAAAACGUGAGGUGCUUUCUGCAGCCGCGGCUGCAGGUAUUUCAGUUGCCUUUGGUGCACCCAUCGGAGGGGUGCUUUUCAGCUUAGAGCAACUAUCGUACUACUUCCCUGACAAGACAAUGUGGCAAAGUUUUGUCUGUGCCAUGAUCGCUGCCGUCACCUUACAGGCACUGAACCCAUUCCGCACGGGCAAGAUUGUCCUGUACCAAGUCACAUACACCCGAGGGUGGCACCGGUUCGAAAUCAUCCCGUUCAUUCUUCUUGGGAUCGUUGGCGGUCUUUACGGCGCGUUCCUUAUUCGCUUGAACAUCAAAAUUGCCCAAUGGCGACGAACGCGGACCUGGUCUCGACCGCUCGUCGAAGUGGCCAUGGUAGCACUCUUGACGGCUUUGAUCAAUUUUCCGAACCAUUUCAUGCGGGCUCAAAACUCCGAGUUGGUUCAGGGGUUGUUUGCCGAGUGCAGGAGUUCGACUCAUGAUCGGUUUGGUCUCUGCACGACUGGAUCUGCGUCGGUUGGGGUGAUUUUCUCCCUUCUGGGGGCUGCGUUAUUAGGGUUUUUCCUUUCUUCUAUCACUUUUGGGCUCGAAGUCCCUGCCGGUAUCAUUCUUCCAUCGGUAACUAUCGGUGCUCUUUACGGGCGUGCUCUGGGAAUAGUCGUGCGCAUGUGGCAGGAAGCCUACCCCAAGGCUUUCUUGUUCAGCAAAUGCGAGCCUGACAUCCCUUGCGUGACACCCGGUCUAUAUGCUAUCAUCGGUGCUGCGUCCGCGCUGGGCGGUGCGACUCGAAUGACCCUGUCAAUUGUCGUCAUCAUGUUCGAGCUCACCGGCGCUCUGACCUAUGUGAUUCCCAUCAUGAUUGCUGUGAUGUUGUCCAAAUGGUGCGGUGACAUUUUUGGGAAGCGCGGAAUCUAUGAAUCCUGGAUUCAACUGAAGGAAUAUCCCUUCCUCGACCAUCGUGACGACACGACACCGCCCGACGUAUCCGCCUACCGGGUCAUGACCACCGUUGACGAUAUGGCUGUCAUUACCGCCACCGGUCAUACCAUUGGCUCGCUUUACAGCCUCAUUGCCAACACCACAUAUCGUGGGUUCCCUGUCGUUUCCGAAACAUCGAAUCCUCUUCUUCUCGGGUAUAUUACCCGCAACGAGCUCUCGUUUGCUCUCAAGUGUUCGGCCUCGCCUUCCAGUCGCAAUUUGUCCAGCGAAACGCAGGUCUUCUUUGUUCAUCAGCCGUUCGCAGACCCCGUGGACACGCUUGACUUGCGACCCUGGAUGGAUCAAACUCCCAUCACGCUGCAUAGCAAGGUCAGCUUCCUGGUUGUGCUCCGCAUGUUCCAGCGACUCGGGCUGCGUUACGUUAUCUUCGCGAACAAAGGUAUCUUGCAGGGCUUGCUUACCAAGAAGGAUGUGUGGUCGGUACUGAAUGGCGUGGAGUUUCGCCGACAAGAGAGUCUCCGUGGCGAUGGAUUCCACAACAGCCAUGCAGCCGAAGAAAUCGGGUUGCUCCAUGGCGAUGGGAGGGAUAGUGUCGGUAGCUCCCUGGGGCGAGAGUCACUGUGA